CUCCCUCUCUUAUCUAACAAGUAUUUCCGGAACGUUGCUUGUUUUCGUGGAAAGUUAGGCAGGUUUCAUCGCGUCCAGAUUUACGAAAGUGAUAAAAUUUAAUAAAUUUUAAUUAACUUCAUUUCUAAUUCUAGUCAGAAUGAGUGCAACCGUAGAAACAAAUAAUGUUUCAUGGCGGAAACGGAGGCGACAAGAAGAAGAAGCUGCAGAAUUGCAAAUCGAAAUGAAAAAACCGCGUUACUAUUACUAUAGAUUAGCCAGCGAAAGUUCGAAAAAUUCCGAAGAGGACACGGAAAGCGUCUACAGUCUACAGGAUCACGAAACCGACGUCGUUAGGGAUACCACUGAUACCGAUUCGAAGUCUGGCAGUGAUAAUGAAUACGAAUUAAUCGAGUACGAAGUUGCUAGUUUAUCGGAAAGUGAUCAUGCCGCUAUACUCGGAAAUUCUACAAGUGAUUCAGAUGACCAAGUCAUCUUUGCCGCUGCCAUGGGAGCGAUAUGCGACGUCGACGUAUCGUUGGAGACUUGGAUAACGGACGGCGAGGAAUCGGACAACAGCUCAUUGGACGAUUCCGUGGUGACCAGGUUGGGAUUUUCGACUUGCGUACAAUGCAAUUUACAAAACGACAAUCCACUUUACCGAUAUUGUGAAAAAUGUUUUCAGCAGACGUGCAAACAAUGCAAGAAGCGCAAGACUUACAAAUGUUUCCCGUUAUGUAUAACUUGCCACAAGGUGCGUUUCUUAUUGGUAGUAUAUUAUGAAGACCGGAAGAAAUUCUACCCGCCUCGUCCAAGGAAGAAAGCGAAGCGGAAGCCCAGUCGUUCGCCUGUCAAGUUAGACACUCUACGUUCUUGUCUUAGCGGACUGUCGUCUCAAGAUUCUGGAAUCGGGUCGAGUCAAGAGUGUCCCCCGUUGGAUUUGGACCAGAUCGUCGUUCCGGAUCAACACCUUAAACCAGGUACGUCUGAAAUUUCAACUAUACCGGAUAACUUGAAUAAGGAACACGCGUCAAAGGACAUCGAACGAAACUUAAAACGCAAGCGUCAAGCUUCCGAAAGCAGUCUCUCCGAUUUCGAUAUUAAAAAACCGAAACUAAAUCGUAUCGCGUCGUCACAAAAAGAUCGUAACGUUCGCUCCUCAAGUCGCAAUAAUUCACAAGUCGCUCAAACUUUAUCCGACGUAAAACCUUCUACGUCAACCAAGAAUUUGGGCCAACGAGCGUUAUCUCUGAAUCGAGCCUCGAACGAGUUAAGUCAAAAAUCUACAGAAACUUUGAGUCAAAAAUCGAUAGAAACUUUGAGUCAAAAAUCGACAGAAACUUUAAGUCAAACAUCGACUGAAACAUUGAGUCAAAAAUCGACAGAAACUUUGAGUCAAACAUCGAUAGAAUCAUCGAUACCGUUGAGCCAAACAUCGGAGAGAUCUUUAACUUUGAGAUCGGCUCAAACUCAAUAUAAACCGUUGUCGUUUAGCCAGAAUUCGGAAGUUAGUACGAGUACCGGUUACAGCAGUACUUCGACGUUUUCGGAAUCGUCCGAGCUAUGUAUAAUGUGUAACAGUGCGCCGAAAGACAGCAUCUUCUUGCACACGAACAUCGGUCAUCAGUGUUGUUGUUACAGAUGCGCGAAACGCACCCUGCACACCUUCAAGAGGUGCCCCAUUUGCAAUAGGUCAGUUAACAAAGUUAUUAGAAUAUUCCAAGCCUAGCGGCUAGUACAUAAUAUUUGUCUGUUAAAUAGCGAACAAAUAAUAAUAAUGUUUUUAUUAGGUGUACAGUUCGAAUUUCUAUUUAAUUUAUUCAAUUGUAGAUUAUUAGUUUUACUUAUAUUACGACAGGCGUUUCGUUUUUUCGAUUUCGUAUUUGGGGUCUUUAAGGUUUUGAACGAAUUGUGGAGACGUCGUCGAUAUAUUUAUUGGCUGGGAGGUAUCUAGAUGUCGUGUUUGUUCAUAUUGACAGCUGAAUGAAAAAAAAAACGAUAAGAUGAUAGUAUGAUUGUAGCAAUCAUUUUUCUGUCUCAAGUUUGGUCGCAUAUCAGAAUCGUAUAAUACAUCAGUCCCGAAAAUUUACAAACUGAUGUCAUAUGUUAUUGUCAUAUGUCAAUGAAUUUGUAGUCCUUCGCGAUCAAAGGGCAA